CUAACGGCCCGCGUGCGUGCGCCGACGCGGGGCCCCCUCGCCGCGCGCCAGCGUCCCGCCUCCGUUUCCUCUCGGGGUUCGCGAGCCUUGCAGGUUUGAGCAUGGCGGAAGGGGACACCUUGGUAUCAGUGGACUACGAAGUUUUUGGGAAGGUGCAAGGGGUGUUUUUCCGUAAGUACACCCAGGCUGAGGGUAAAAGGCUGGGAUUGGUCGGCUGGGUCCAGAACACUGACCACGGCACGGUGCAAGGACAGUUACAAGGACCCAGGUCCAAGGUGCAUCGUAUGCAGGAAUGGCUUGAGACAAAAGGAAGUCCCAAAUCACACAUUGAAAGAGCAAACUUCAAGAAUGAAAAAGCCAUCUUAAAGUUGGAUUACUCGGAUUUCCAAAUUGUGAAAUAAUGGCCUGAAUUUAAAUUUCCCAAGAUAAAUUCAUUAGUUUUGGUUUUCAUUGUAAAUAAACAGAACUAUUCUGUGUUCAAUAGAAGAAUUUGUUAGUUAUUUUAGCAUCAGUAGUUGAUACUGUUACUAUUGUUACACUUGACUUACUGUAUAUUACAUGUACAGUGGAAGGAUUACAGUUGUACAGUUUUAGUUAAUAAAAACACAUUAAAACCUGCU